AUGGAGGGCGACUCCUUGGACUAUGUUGAUUCCAUAAAUGCUCUCUUCAUGUUAUUUUGUACCUCCUUGCUACCGUUGGUGGUGAUAGGAAUAGGGUUCUUUUACUCUGGUCUAACCCAAAGAAGGGCUUCCUUGACGAUGUUUGCACUACCACUCUUGCUUACACCCCUCAUAUUCAUCGAUUGGUUUAUUUGGGGAUAUUCUUUGUGCUACUCAAGCUCAUCAAACAGGUUCAUUGGCAACUUGAAGUUUGCCGUGUUAAGGCAACUCCGUGAUCCCGAGGAAGCAUUUUACACGGCCUCUAGAGGUACCAUAUUGGGACUCAAUCACUUUUUAUUCAACGGAUUCUUCAAGGUAAUCUGCGCAGCUAUCACUUUUCCAGGUUGUGUAGCCGAAAGAGGUCGGUUGAUACCUAUGGGCGUUUUCUUGUUCUUCUGGUCAGCAAUAAUUUACAAUCCAGUUACCUACUGGUUUUGGAAUCACUCGGGAUGGCUCUCUAUUGAGUUGGGAAAAUUGCCUGUUCUUGAUUUUGCAGGUGGUACCUGUGUCCAUAUUGUUAGUGGGUUCACAACUUUAGCCUACUCGUACAUUUUGGGCCCCAGAAAUCCUAAGCUUUUAUACAACUAUAGGAACUCCAACACGGGAUAUGCUGUCUUGGGUUCAUUCUUUGUAACUUGUGGCUGGAUGGGAUUUAUUGCUGGCUGUGAUUUCAAGUUUUCCUCAAGAACAUUGUACAUAAUUGUUAAUACCUUCUUAUGUGCUUUGACUAGUGGGAUUGUUUGGUCACUGAUUGAUUACUACUUUUCAUCCAUUCCGUUAGAUGGAUCUGUCCCCAUAGAACAAUAUGGUCCCAAAAGUAAUGUUGUGACUCCGUAUAUCAGCCAAACUGGGGUACAGUUGAAUCAACAUUUGCAUGAAUCGAAGUCCAAUUUCACUGAAAGGAGAAAGCUCUCCAUGAUCUCAUUUUCAUCGGGAAUCAUGACCGGCCUAGUGGUCAUUACUCCAGCGGGUGGUUAUAUUUCUUCUGCUACUGGAUUCUGGAAAUCGUUUGUGUUUGGAGUGAUUGGAGCAAUUCUUUGUAAUCUUUCAACUCGCCUUAAAUAUUUCGUGAGGAUUGAUGACGCCUUAGAUAUUUUUGCAAUUCAUGGAGUCGCUGGUAUUGUGGGAUCACUAUUAACGGGGUUAUUUUCCAGUAACUUGUACGAAACAAAAGGUGGUUGGGUAGAAGCUAACUGGAUUCAGUUAGGAUAUCAGAUUUUAGGUUCGGUUGUUGCUUCUUCAUAUGUUUUCAUAUUGACAUGUGUCCUUUUAUACAUCAUUGAUUUGAUUCCGGGAUUACAUUUGAGAAUUGACAAAGAUUUCAAUAGGAGAGCUCGAGAAAAACAGUCAGAUCCGAAGAUCGAUGCUGAGUCACAGUUAUCCCCUACCAAUGUUUCCAAUAUUGGUAGUGAAAUCAGCUACUACGAGAAGGCAGAAUUGAUGGGGACUGAUAGUUAUGAAUUCAAUGGAGAGUACAUGCUUGACUUCAUGGAAUUUAUAAGGGUGAUAAGUCCUAACGAUUUUGCUGAUGAUGAUCUAAUAAUCCCCGAAGAAUAUCACGCGCAUUAUGAUAAUGUUCAAGCUCAAGGAUCUGAUUUCGAAAUGCAUUCUGAGGCUGCAAAUCUAACGAAAAGAGAAUAG